AUGCUGACUUCUCCUGACCAUGGGAGACCUCUCUGCGUUCAUCACAAGCAGGGAGACAGCCAAGCCGAAGAGGACUUCCGCAAGGCAGUCCUGCAGCUGGCAGUGACUGGUGGGGGCUGGCCCGCUGACUUCAAGCGACGGCUGCGUUACAUUCUGGAGGGCCGGUGCCAGGCGACAGCCUGUGCCGAAGCCCCGAAGCCCAUCGAACUCGAGGUCGAUUUGCCCUUUACUUCUCCCAGAGCCCGCAGUAGCGGCGCUGCGCACCAGGCUCUUCUUGGCCUUGGUGAAAUGACUGGAAUCCCUUUAUUCAAGGCCAGAGCAGAUCUAUAUCGCUCUGAAGGCCCCUCUGUUGUGUUGAGUAAUGCGGGCAUCGCGCAGUCAAGAGACUGCUUCGCCUUCCGUGGAGCCAACAGUAGCCUUGCGCUGCGUUUGGCAGACCAUGGCUUGGACGGAUUCCGAGCUCGCCAGCUUGUCAUCGAGCAGCCUGCUCGCUGGGCGGCGCUGCGGCCACGUUCUGCUCCGCGGCGCUUUGCCGUUUUCGGGUUGCCGAAUUUGGCGAGUCAGGCAAAGGUAGGCGAGGGCCCGUACACAGAAUUUCUGGGCAGCUUCGAAUAUGCUGCUGCGGGGCCUGCAGCACAGGCGUUUCACCUGCCGCCGGCGCUGGUUAAGGGUCUACGUCUUGUCUUUGCAGGACCUGAAUGGGGCGAGAGCUACAUCUGCCUGUAUCGUGUGAAAGUGUUUGAGGAUAGUGGAUCCGUUUGCAGCGGGCAUCGCACUGCUGCUGUUCUGCCUAGGCCGUGA